UAAAAGCUGGGCAUCUCAGCAUGUACAGCUGCUCCUACAGUUUUGGGAAGGAGCACAAGUUCCACUGGGUGGGAAGGAUUUCCAGGUUUAGGGGUUGUGUGUAGGGACUGAAUGCUUGGUGUGGAUAGGCCCUGAUGUCCAUUCCUUAUUCAGAAUAAUAAAAUACUCACAGUGAGUAAUACUUAAAAUAACAGAUGAAGUCAUGAGCACGUUGGAGAUACCCAGGGCUUUGGAUGGGAUUGCACUGAUAGGUGUGUCAGGCCAGAGGCACAAUGUAGAGCAAGGGGGAGUUUGUCAUUGCCUUCAUUCAUUAACUGUCUGGGCCCGAAAUUUGGACAAAGUGACUCAGCGCUUGCAAGCUGACAGAACUGUGCCUUUGGAGAGUAGGGCUGGGCUGAAUGAGACACCAGGGAAGGCAAACUCCUUUUCAGGACAGGAGCCUGUGGCUCUCGCUGGCACAAGUGGAAGGGAUGAGCAGAGCAGAUGUGUCCCCCUGCACAGAUUCAGCACCCAGCAAGAGCCUCUAGGAAAUUGUCUGUGGAGCCAGCCUUGCAGCCACUCUCCCUCCAGGUGCUGUGGGCCUGUUUGCAUCCAACAACCUCCUUGCACGGUCUUCCAUCUUGCAAGCAGUUACCUGGCAAGAAAGCAUGCAAAGACACAAAACACUUGGCGCAGGGAGGGCAUGCACUGCUAUUCACAGCCACGGUCCCCACCCACGGGUGCUAGGAGUCUGAUAGGGGAGCACCUUAUCAGGCACUUGGCAGAGCAGCAUUCAAUCCUGCCCCAGAGCUGGGACAAGCAGCAGCUCCAUCUCCACCCCGACGCAGGGGUGAAUGCCCUGCUGACGUCAGGAGGCCUUACUUCAUUUCCUGGCACAGGGACCAUAUUUUCAUAGCUGUGUGCUGUCAGAGAGGAGAGGCGGUGGAACUGGAAUAGGUGUGCUCAGCCCCACCUCCUCAGCCCUCCAGCUGUUAAAGCUCCCAAGGAGGGUGAGCGUGAGACUGCUGCUCAGCCGGGGUUACAGACGCAGAGGUGACUGUGUAACCGGUGUACUGGGAACUUGCCUCUUCUAGCUGGAGCCUCCCUGUUGCCUUCUUCGGGCAGGACCCAGAAAGCUUUGUGGAAACAUUUCAAGGGGAGGUUGUUCAAGAACACAAAAGGAUGAUGUCGCCUCCCCGAGGCUGCGGCAGCAUUGCUGCUGACUAUUACCUGCUCUGUGACAUGGAGAAGGCCUGGGGGAUUGUCCUGGAGUCGCUGGCUGCAGCUGGCAUCCUCAUCACCAUUUUCCUCAUCUGCUCACUCUUCUUUCUCAUCUGUAAAAUCCAAGACAACAGCAAGCGACACAUGGUCUCCAUCUAUUUCUUCUUUCUCUUAGGAACGCUAGGCAUUUUUGGUCUCACUUUUGCCUUCAUCAUUAGACUCAAUGACAGGACUCGCCCCACUCGCUUCUUCCUAUUUGGAGUCAUCUUUGCUCUCUGCUUCUCAUGCCUCCUCACCCAUGCCUGCAACCUCAACAAACUAGUGAGAGGAAGAAAGCCCUUCUCCUGGCUGGUGCUGCUGCUCCUCAUUGUUUCCUUUGCCCUGGUACAAGUUGUGAUCAACAUUGAGUACUUAGUCACCAUGCUAGUAAACCAGAAAGACAUAUUUCUGAAUAUGUCUCCAGAGAACACCAACAAGGACUUUGUUAUGCUUUUGAUCUAUGUGCUCUUCUUGAUGGCUCUGACCUUCUUGGUUUCUAUGUUCACAUUCUGUGGGUCAUACAAAAGCUGGAAGAGGCACGGGGCCCACAUCUUUGUCACUAUCCUGUUCUCCAUUGCCAUUUGGGUAGUGUGGAUCACUAUGCUCACAAAAGGCAACACGGUUUUAAAGAAACGUAGCUGGGAUGAUCCUGUCGUGGCCAUUGCUCUGGUGUCCAAUGGAUGGAUUUUCCUGAUAAUGUAUAUCGUCCCUGAAAUUUGUUUCCUCACUGCACCUCUGAAGCUGGGAGACUACCCUCCAGAAAAUGACUUCUGCCAACCCAAGUUCAUAAAACAGACAAUUGGAGUGGACAACCGUGCCUAUACCCAAGAUGAAAUUGUGCAAGGAGACGAAGGAGACCGCAGCUACUCCCCAUACUCUUCUCACUUUCAGAUGAAGACCAUCGAACCCCAAAAUGAUUUCUCCAUCCCUCGGCCCAAGGCUCGGACAAGCCCAUACCAUGACUACACUGGUGGGAAAGGCCCCAUGUAGCAGCUCCACAGUGAGCAAAGAGACUACGUGCCUGUCAGCAGAGGCGUGGGGAAUAGGCCAUGUGGUGACAAAUCAGUCAAUCCUGCAGAAGAGACAGAGUCAACCCACACUGGCAAAAGAAGAGAGGGGUCCUCAUUUCCCCUCACAGGCACCCUUGUAGCCCAUUCUCAUUCCUCAGACACAGCUUUCAGACACCACUCUGGCUAUCCUGUUCCUGCUCAUUCUGUUUCUCCCUGGGAUGGAACUCAUCUCUUCUGACAGAGGAACAUGCUGGGAAGAGCCUGUCCUGGCCUAUUUUCAGCAGGAAUGCUGUAGGGCUGGAGCAGCAGGAAGAUCAUCAGCUGGGUCUGAGUCCAGCCAGGACUCAGUUCAUGGUGUCUGCACACCAUGUCUCACAGGAGAAGAGUCAGGAGCAGGAGCAUCAGCCCUACACAUCCCCACUCCUGCCCACCUGUGAACACAUUUCAGGUACUACCAAAACCACCCUCAUCUAUUCACUGUUACUUUUGUGCCCACUCCUAGCCCUGCCUGGCUCUCCUCCAGAGUUCAGUGCAGAAGAGACAGAGAGAGAGAGAAUAUUCCUUUUUUAUUUUUCAUGUUCACUUCCAACCCCACCCUCAUCACCUAGAAACCAUGGUGGAGAUGGGGAAGAAAAUUUAAAGACAUAAAAAUAUCUACACCUAUUUAUUCUGACACAUUUUCUGAUUUGUGGUCUAGCAUCAGCCUCCCUCCUAGCUCUGACACCUGAUCAUGCACCCUAGCUGAGCUCCCCAGAGUGCCUACCCAAACCCACAAACCCUCCCUCCCCACCCCUGCCACCCCAGGCUGUGGAUCCCUGCAGACAAAACCUCUUCCAUGCAGCUGCUUGCAAUACCCUGGUGGGAUUUAAUCCCAUGCAGUUUAGAGAUCUGCCUCCUCCAGAGUGUGUCUGUGGCAUUAACAUGAACAUUUCCCAAGAAGCCAGGUUACAGAGGGCAGAUGCCCUUCUUCCCAGGAGUAAGCAUGCAUAAGCAUGUGCGUGUGUGUGCGUGUGCACACCAUGUGUACUGCACCCUAGUGAUGAGCAAUGAGUCUGCAGAGUUGAAUCAUUCCGUAGCCUGCUUUGCAUUUGGUAAAUAGUUUGCCAUGAUAUUUCAUAUAUAAAUACAUAGAGCUCUCGAAGUGGGUGUUUAUGGUACACUGGUGUCUGACACAGAUAUAUAUAUAUUUAUUUAGUAGUUUGUAUGUGGAAUAUUUAAUUAAUAAAAGCCCAAAC